CGAAUGAAUGAAUAAGAAAUGCAAAUGAAGAAGGAAAGUAGAAGGAUGUGAAGGAGAAGACGAUGAUGAUGAAGAAGCUGGCGAGAAAUUGGAGAAAAUCUUGUGAGGUUGAUAAAUUUACUCUACCAAUUCGAGAUGAGGACGAUUCUCGUCCCAUGGACACCCGAGAGCAAGAGGAGUUGAUUCUAUCACUUGAAAGAGAAGAAGCAGAGCAGUCUGUUUUGUGGAGGAGAGUAGUUGGUGGAAUUGUGUUCUGCCACGCUGCGUUUCUCUUAUACUCCAUAUACCAGCAGGCACUAUUCCCAUGGGAACUGAGAUAUCAUGCUUACUUCAUGGAAGAUAUGGAUUCGUCAAUGGUGAUAUUUGCAGAUUGGAUAGCUAUUUCAGCAUGUGCAUUGGCCAUCAUAGGGCUUCUUCAUAAUUCCAAGUAUCAUAGGCAAUGGAUUUGGUAUUCAUGCUCUGUUGGGCUUCUACUGGCAGUUUUCUGGCUAUAUUACAUGCUAAGAAUGCCAAGAUUCCGGUGGGAUGUCAUCUGGCUGCCCUUUGGGCCUCUCAGUGGAGCUGGCAUUUGUCUGUAUGUUGACCAUCUACUGACCGAGUCAUCUGAAGAAGUGAAAAAACUGAGAAGCUACAUGUACGCUUGCAAAGCCAACUAAACUUUCUCUGUAAACCUACCUUUUCAUGUUCUCUGCGUUACAGGAAUGAAACUAAUAGUGUGGCUUUCAGGCAUAGGCAGGUUGAUUAAUGGAAACUAGGAUUGCUAAUUUGGAACAGAAGCAAUGUCAUUCUAUCUAUUCUUGUACCUCGGGAAAAAAUUUCCGGUAAAUCUCUGCCUUUUGUUUUCUAGUACAAGUGAAUCACUGCAAGAUUUUUCAAGUGAAGUACAAAGUUGGCAUAUAUAA